GUUGUGCCAUGGGCUGCUUUGCCUUUCCAUAUUCAAAGGAAGAAGGAUAGGAGCAAGCUGCUUAACCUCUUGCAGCCUGUGUUUCCUCCUCUGUAAAGAGGUGAUGGGAGACUCAAAGCAUAGGAGUCUUGUCUUUCCCUCAGGUGGCCCUCUGUGCCUGCCCUGGGGCUGGACUUGGCUCCUGGCCUCGAAAAUCUAAUGGUGGGUUCUGCCCCUCCUCAUUUGGUGGUCAUUACACUUCCCAUGGGCCUGAUAGACAGCUGCGCCCCUGCCUCUAAGGUCAGGUUCACCCUCCCCGUCCCCUCUGCCUUCCCCCAGAGGUCCUUGCCUUGGGUUCUGCAGAGAGUGAAGCUAGCAGGGUCUUUCUACCUUACCUACGUGUCAAUAUGGCCACUAUCAUUGUGGAGAGAGGGAGAUGGUGUGGGUGUAUUCCUCUAGCAGAGAGACCCCAACUCUAUUUCUAGUAAGGUGGAGGAGUCCUUUUCCUGAGGGUUGGAGAUACAUGGGUGUUGGCAUGGGCUGAGAGUUUAGACAGCUUACCGCUGGGCUCCAGUCCAUCAGCUCUGCCCUCUCUUCCCCCUUCAGCUGGUUCCCUCCUUUCUUUGAAUCAAGGCUAGGAUGUGGGGCUUUCAGUUGGAGCUGUCCCUUUAAAUCUCUGGGUUAGUGUCCUAGUGUGUAAUCCUGCUUGCUGCCAUGGCAACCAUGGGUGUGCUUUGACCUGGUGUCACUCCUCAGGGAAUGGCAGUCUGGUGGCAGCAGCAGCGCCUAGUGGUGGCUUCAUGGAUACAGGGUCUCAGAGGAAUGAAUGGUGGCUCUGGGCUGGGGUAACUUUCAAAUCCCCAUCCACCCCCUCCCCCCCGGACCCCCUGGUCUCUGCAGCGUGAAUGCUCCCUCACCUUUUCCCUUCCCCAACCCCAAGAUGCCUGACUUGCCCACGGGCAUCACCCCCUUAAGAAAUGGGGAGCGCAACUGGGAGAUGGGGAGGGAGAAGCUGCUGCUGAGAUGUGGGGUCAGAGGGCUUGGGGCGCCCUUCCCUGCCCACAGUGGUGUCACUCCUUUCCCUCCUUCUUCUCCCCCUCACCGCUUCAUGGUUAGCAGCUGGGGGAGGAAUUUGGGGCUUGAGGUAUUUGUCCCAUGCCACAGUGGUGCCGCAGCCUCCUGGCGGAGGACCGAGAGUCGUUCUUGGUGGCUUCCUUAGAUCCGGAGGGGGUCAUUGUAAAGGAAACUGGGCUUGGAGAGGGGACUGAGAGGAGAGGUCGGAAGGCUCAAGAGGAGGUGGCAUGGGGUGUAAUAGAGGAGGGACUUGCAGGAGGCGGGGCGGGAACAAGAUGGGGCCAAGUCCCCACCCACCUUGGGUUUCUCACGGCUGGGCUGGGAGGGGAGGGUCUCUGAGCACCGCUCCCGUCCUGAAGGGGCUGCACGCUUAACCCCUUCCCCCUGCAAACCUUCUCUCAGCCGCCUCCUUCCCUUUUAGUGGUAGGUACUAAAACUGGGGGAUCCUGCCACCCGUGGGACAAGGACCCUCUCACCGCCCCUUCCCCGCCUCUCUGCUACAGUCGGGGCUUUGGCCAAUCAGCAAGGCGGUCAGACAGCUGAGCCUUGCUAUUGGCUGACCCUGCAGCGGGCGCUCUCUGAGUCCCGCCUCCUCCAGCGCUGCCAGCCUCUGACCGGGAAGGCGGCGGCGGCGUGGAGGCUACUCCGGGAACCCUGGGCCGGGUCGGGGGCAGGCAUGGCCGGCAGCCCGGGCUGCGGGGCCUCUUUGGAGGGUAUAUCCCUGGGCUCCUCUGAGGAAGCCGAGCUCCGGAGGGAAGAGUCCACUUCCUGGUGCCUGGAGCCUUCCACCUGCCCAGGCUAACAUUACCUAGGGCCUAGAGAACGGGCCAAGGAAAUUGCCCCUCCCUUCUUAGGGCCCCUGCCCCAGGCAUUCAAGGAGUCCCAGGAGUGCCGGGCAGGGAAGUAUGUGCUGCCGGGGAGGCGCUGUCUUCUGUGGGAUGUGGGCCAUGCAGCAAGUCCUGGACAACCUGGGAUCCCUCCCCAAUGCCACAGGGGCAGCCGAACUGGACCUGAUCUUCCUUCGAGGCAUUAUGGAAAGUCCUAUAGUGAGAUCCCUGGCCAAGGCCCACGAGCGGCUGGAGGAGACGAAGCUGGAGGCCGUGCGGGACAACAACCUAGAGCUGGUGCGGGAGAUCCUGCGGGACCUGGCGCGGCUGGCAGAGCGGAGCAGCGCGGCGGCGGAGCUGGUCCGCAUCCUCCAGGAGCCCCACUUCCAGUCCCUUCUGGAGACGCACGACUCUGUGGCCUCAAAGACCUAUGAGACACCGCCCCCCAGCCCUGGCCUGGACCCCACGUUCAGCAACCAGCCCGUGCCUCCUGACGCAGUGCGCAUGGUGGGCGUCCGCAAGACGGCUGGAGAGCAUCUGGGCGUGACAUUCCGCGUGGAGGGUGGCGAGUUGGUGAUCGCACGCAUUCUGCACGGGGGCAUGGUGGCUCAGCAAGGCCUACUGCACGUGGGCGACAUCAUCAAGGAGGUGAACGGGCAGCCGGUGGGCAGCGACCCCCGCGCGCUGCAGGAGCUCCUGCGCAACGCCAGCGGCAGCGUUAUCCUCAAGAUCCUGCCCAGCUACCAGGAGCCCCAUCUGCCCCGCCAGGUAUUUGUGAAAUGCCACUUUGACUAUGACCCAGCCAGAGACAGCCUUAUCCCCUGCAAGGAAGCCGGCCUGCGCUUCAAUGCUGGGGACCUGCUUCAGAUUGUAAACCAGGACGACGCCAACUGGUGGCAGGCGUGCCACGUAGAAGGGGGCAGCGCUGGGCUCAUCCCCAGUCAGCUCCUAGAGGAGAAGCGGAAAGCCUUUGUCAAGCGGGACCUGGAGCUGACACCCACCUCAGGGACCCUGUGCGGCAGCAUUUCAGGAAAGAAAAAGAAGCGAAUGAUGUAUUUGACCACCAAGAAUGCAGAGUUUGACCGCCAUGAGUUGCUCAUUUAUGAGGAGGUGGCCCGCAUGCCCCCCUUCCGCCGGAAAACCCUGGUGCUCAUCGGGGCUCAGGGUGUGGGCCGGCGCAGCCUGAAGAACAGACUCAUCAUGUGGGAUCCGGAUCGCUAUGGCACCACAGUGCCCUACACGUCCCGGAGGCCCAAGGACUCAGAACGGGAAGGCCAGGGUUACAGCUUUGUGUCCCGUGCGGAGAUGGAGGCUGACAUCCGUGCUGGGCGAUACCUGGAACAUGGUGAAUACGAGGGCAACCUGUAUGGCACACGUAUCGACUCCAUCCGGGGCGUGGUCGCUGCCGGCCGGGUGUGUGUGCUGGAUGUCAACCCCCAGGCAGUGAAGGUCCUGAGAACAGCUGAGUUUGUCCCUUAUGUGGUGUUCAUUGAGGCCCCUGACUUUGAGACCCUGCGAGCCAUGAACCGGACGGCGCUGGAGAGUGGGGUGUCCACCAAGCAGCUCACGGAGGCGGACCUGAGACGGACAGUGGAGGAGAGCAGCCGUAUCCAGAGGGGCUACGGGCAUUACUUCGACCUCAGUCUGGUCAAUAGGAACCUGGAGAGGACCUUCCGUGAACUCCAGGCCGCCCUGGAGAAGCUGCGCACGGAGCCCCAGUGGGUGCCCGUCAGCUGGGUGUACUGAGCCUGUUCUCCUGGACCUCGGCCCUCUGGGUUGGGACCCAGAACCCUGAAUCCGUCCCCUUCCCAACCGUGAGCCCCAGCCAUGAUCCUCAGCUCCCGUUCCUGGCGCUCUGGCUCUCCCUGGGUCAUGGCCCUAAGUCUGGCUUCAGCGCAGGAGGCGUGCACUGCCAGGGAGGUGGGUGUUCGUGGGGCACGUCUGUGCCCAGGUGCUACCCACUCCCGACGUUCAUUGGCCACCAGAUGUCCCUCGCUGAGGGCCGAGCCAUGCCCCGGAGUGUCGGAGUCGCCUCCAUAAUGCUCAGUCCAGAGAAGAGAAAAGCUGCUUUGGGACCAGGUGGUCAGUAGGUACGCUGCCCCCACCCCUCUCGCCAGUCAGUUUUUCUCCUCUGGACUGGCCACCCUGACCCCGCUCCUGGGCUGCUCCUACUUCUCGCCCCUGCAGCCUAGGGGCAGGCCUUAGGCUGGUUCCCUGUGGCCAGGGGGCUACGUGGCCCCCUGGCAGCUAGGCAAGCCCAGGUGCGGUGCCAGCCUGGUACCAUCCCGAAGGCUGGAGGAGCCGAAGCACCAGCCAGUUGCCGCACCAGGGAGCAGCGCGGUUCUCUGCCCCCUCGGAACGGGGCUGGCUCCCGUUCUUCCCUCACGCACAGCUUUUCACUGCCGAAGUCUCUCCGCAGACUUCUCUGAUGUGCCCCUGACAGGCCAGCUCUGCUCCCCGCAGGGCAAGGGCGGCAGGGGCUGCGGGCUCAGCCCAGGCAGGGGUGGGCUGGAGGCCGAGCCCUGUGACGAGGAGCCUGACGGGAAGCUCCCAGCCCUCCGUGGCCCGUGGUGGGGACGUGUCUGGGCUCCCUGUCUGUGGUCAGUGUCCAUUUUGGUCUCUGUGGCCGGGUGCAGGUGCCCACUCACAUGAAGGCGGCCUGGGGGCUGGGGAAAGAGGAGGGCUGGGCCACGGGGCAUGGCCUUGGAGGAUGUUUGCACCCCAGCAGACUCCCUGCACACCUCCACGGGGCGUCAUCCACCUUGGAGUCGCCACAGCUUAUGGUUCCGCAGGCUGCAGUGCCUGGUCUGUGUUUCCACCACUGGCGUGCGUGUCAGGCUUAGUUUUUGGAGAGGGGAAGCAAAGGGUUGUUGAGCUUUGGAGGUCACUCUUUGGGGCCCCGUUUCCGGGCUCCCCAUCAGCCCCCCAUUUCUUAUGAGACCCUUGUCCCAGAUUCCAGAGGCUCGGCCUUCCCCAGAUGUCUCCCUCCACUCUCCUGUUGUCCCCCGACCCUAAAUGCCACCCUCCAGCCCUUGAGGAGGGCAGCUGUGUAAAAUAGGAGAACCCCUUUUUUAAAAAGUCUGCUGUCCUUGACUUCCCCAGACGUCCCUGUGGCCCCUCCUGGGGUGAACCUGUCCUUGUAGGGGACCCCCCAUGACCCCACCCCCAGCCUUUGUGCUCCCCAGUUCUUCUGUCUAAUCAGUCUUUGCUGCAGUGUCAGCCACGCUGGCCCCUGAACCACUGUGUGCCCAUUUCCUAGGGAAGGGGAGGGAGAAGAAACAGAAUAUUUAUUACAAAGUCAGAAGUAUAUUUAUUAUAUUAGGGAUCUCAUUUGCAUUUGCCUAGGAUAUGCAAAUGAGAUGUAAAGGUCAAGUCUGCUUCCAUCUCAUUUGCAUAGCUCUGCCUCCACUAUGCAGUCAGCUUUAUGUUCCUCUUUUCCCUUUAGUCAGUGUUCUUUUAAUUUAUCCUCAAUUCAGCUCUCUCUUGCUUCACCCUCACCCUCAACCCAAGGGGACUGGGAGUGGGAGGAGAAUGGGGUGUUCUCGCGCUGGCCCAGGGCCAUGGGGUUCUUUGUUCAUACCCACGUCACCCAGGAGACUUGGGAAUAGAGACAGCUACCCCCUCCCCCUUGGUUAGCCUCCAAAGCACUCUGAUUAGAAGACCAUUCUCUGAUGGGAGGUGCGGCUGGGCACCUUGCUGAAGGAUUGGCACAUGGCCCUUGAGGGUGAAGCUCCAGUUACUGUCUGGCACCUUCACUUCUGGUGAUGCCUGUGGGUUGGGCCCCUCCCUUCCCGUCUCUAUUCCUCUCUGAACAGCAUUCUACCUCCCCUGCCUUAGCUGUACUCCGGGGACCCGUACUGGGUUGGAAUGGGUGUGUGUGCCCACCGCGUUAGCCCUCAGGCUCCAGCCUCCCUCUUCCCACUGUGGACGCUUGUAUUGAGGAACCUCAGGAUUAUGGGACCCUGACGCCCCGUCCACACUCAGUCCCAGCCCAGCUGUGCUUCUCCUGUCCCCUCUCUCAGCCAUCCAGUUCUUGAGCUUUCUCUCUGAUUGGCUUUCUUUUCCUUUGAUUAAAUGUGAAAGCAAAGCUUC